UUGGGUGAGGGGCAGGUGCCAAGCGCAGCUGUGCCGGAGCUGCUCCGUGUCACCAAGCCGGGAGGCUUCCUCUGCCUGACGACAAGGAGCAACCCCUCGAACCUACAGUACAAGGCAGAGCUGGAGGCAGUGCUGGAGAGGCUUCAGGGAGCCUGGCGGAAGGUCCUGGCCCAGGAGGUAGAGCGCUGGGAGAGGGCCACCUCCGAGGAGGAGAGCACUCAGGGCACCGGCUACAUCUCCGGUGUGGUCUAUGUCUAUCAGAAAUGCCCUGUACUCUGCCUCAAGGAGGGCUGA